AUGAUGAUGAUGGUUAGGAACUCUAGAGCUUCCACCCUCAGAGAGGCAAUCGAAGAAGCCAAGGUCUUGGAAUCGGUUUAUGUUAAAGGAAAGGAAGAAAGGAUGUCGAGUGGAGAGAAGAGGAAGUGGGAAGGGCCUUACACACCAUCCAAAAAGCCAAACUACGUUGGCAGCAACAAUCGCGGAGCCCAUCCCAAACAAGAGGCUAGAUGGUGUCCCAAAUACCGCAGUAAACAUCACGGCCCGUGUAGCACCAACUCUACCCCCACCAAAUGCUUUAAGUGUGGGAAGGCAGGCCACACACGAAACAAGUGUCCAAUCAAGGGACCCAUAUGUUUUGGAUGCGGAGAGCCGGGCCAUUUCAAGAAUGAAUGCCAAAAGUUGAAAACAGGUGGGAGUCAGGGAAGAAAAGAGAACGCCCCAAAAUCAACCGGUCGAGCCUUUCAGAUGUCGAGAGAAGAAGCUAAGGCGGGGACGGAUGUAGUGUCGGGUACGUUCCUUAUUAACUUCGUACCUGCUCACGUGCUUUUUGAUUCAGGUGCUUCAUGUUCCUUUGUGUCCACUACAUUCUAUCAACACUUGCAUACGCCACCUAGUACACUAGAAGAUGCAUUAAUCAUAGAUAUAGCGAAUGGUAGUCAAGUUUUGGUGCGUGAAAUUGUUAGAGGUUGCGUUUUGGGAAUUGAAGGAAAGGAAUUUCAGGUGGACCUCAUACCCAUGGCUAUAGGCGGAUUCGAUGUCAUAAUCGGGAUGGAUUGGCUAGUUGAGAACCAAGUGGAAAUCUUAUGCUCUAAGAAGCUGAUCCGAAUUUCUUUGUCAGGCGGGGAUGCCGUACUAGCUUAUGGAGAAGGAAGAAAAGGAAAUGUAGUACUCUUAUCCAUGGCGAAGGCACGUAAGUGCCUAGCUAAAGGAUGCUCCUCAUUUAUUGCGUAUGUAUUGAAUACCAUGCUAGAGAUAAAAAGAGUUGAAGAUGUGAAAGUGGUUAAUGAAUUUUCUGAUGUAUUCCCUGAAGACCUACCCGGAUUACCACCCGAUAGACAAGUGGAGUUCCGGAUCGACCUCAUUCCGGGAACCGCUCCAAUUGCUAGAGCCUCUUACCAUUUGGCGCCAUCCGAGAUGUGA